AUGGCGCCCUUGACCAGUUCAGCAAUCAACAAGGGCAAGAAGCUCGCUCCCAAAGCUGCUGUCGCCCGUCGUCGCCCUGCUGCUUCUCAACCCGCCGCUGCCACUCAGCCCUCUCAGUCCCCUCAACUUGCGCAAUCUACUUCUGCUCCCGCAUCUGAAACCCCGACUGCCCCCGAUACUGCUGCUGGCGCUGCACAACCAGAAGCAUCUUCAGCCCAGACUGAGCGCUCUGUUUCGACUGCUCCUCUACCUACCCCUCCCGCAACUCAGCAAGCACCAACAACUCAGCCUGCCAAUGUCGUCGCUCAGCAAUCCGUCAGACAGCCUACACCACCUCCGUCAGCAUCUCUGCCACACCAUGUAGAACCAUCACCUCUAUCUCUUGCUCAGUCUGAUGCCUCGCACCACCAUCCAAUUACUUCUCCCUCUCCGCAACCUCUAGUCGCUUCUACUCUACCUGUAACUCAACCCGAACAACGACAACCUAAUCCUGCUACAAAUGAUGCCUCCUCUCAUGUUCAGCAGUCGCCUAUACACGGUCCGCCUUCUCCCAACCAGCUGGCUGGUCAGAAACGAAAGCGCCCCACUCCUCCGCCCGCAGCCCCAUCCGUCGAACCUACUGUUCACCAACCUUCACCCCCAGGCACUUCCCGGCAAGCGCAUCCCACACAAGCAUCUGACCCUGAAGCCACCUUGAUCAACACUCUUAUCAAUAAUCAGGAACAACCUCGAGCCCCCGUAGCUCAGAUGCUGCCACCCACCAAUACACCUGCAACAGCCUCGAAACCUCGCGCAAAGAGACAGAGAAAGACUGCUACUACCACAGAACCAUCAGGCGAGGCGGACGACUCUACUCAAGCCGUGGAAGGUGCCCAGGAAAACGACUCGAACACGACAUCCGCUGCGAAGCCACAGAAGCCUCGAGCUACAAGAGCCAAGCGCCAACCAAAAUCGGCGGCAACAGUCGUGGAUGACGAAAAUGGAAAUGCCAUCGCGACAGAAGAUCCCGCUCCUCGUCCGGUUCCCAAGCCAAGAAAACCUCGCCAAAAGAAAAAGUCACCACAGCAAGAAGGACCAACUGGCCAGGAAGAAAUCGAAGAUCCAGAAAAUCACGAGAUUGAUGUUGCGGAAACAACGAUGCUUGAACUCACCAAGGACAGAGGUCUGGGCAAAGUAUCAGAAAGAGAAACUAAGAUGGCCGCUAUAGACUGGGAUCAGGUGCACAGAAAGAGAGUGGCAGAAGCAGAAGCUAUUCGGGCUGGUAUAGACCCUGCUACAUUGAGCAAUCAGCCGACCGAGAAUACUGAAGCUGGUGAUGGAGGUGAGGGCGAGAACACUGAAGAAACACCUCGACCAGCACCUAGCGCGAAUGGACCUCGACUACGCAUCGAUGCCGAAGGCAACCUGGUUGUGGACGAAGACAGUUUGCGGAUUGAUCGCCAAGCUCAGGCUGAGCGAAACGCCGAAAACCUGGUCGUGACUGAAAAUGACGAUUUGACCAAACGUGUCAACCAGAUGAGCUGGAUCAACGAACGUCGACGCGAUCCUACGGACCGCGUGCCUUUCUUCAAAAUGAAGUCUGAUCCCUGGAGUGACGAGGAGACAGAUCGUUUCUACGAGGCUCUCCGUAUGUUUGGCACGGACUUCUUUAUCAUCUCCAAAAUGUUCGCACCCAAGACUCGUCGUCAGAUUAAGCUGAAAUUUAUUCGCGAAGAACGACUGGAUCCCGAUCGCGUGAACCGUGCCUUGGCUGGUGACGCAGUUCCUAUGAAUCUCGAAUCAUUCGCAGAGGCUACUGGUCAGGAGCUCGGCGGGUUCAAGGAUCCACGCGAAUUGGAAGAGGAACUGAGGGUCGAGGGAGAAGAGCAGCGUGUAGAGAUUGCUCGCAAGAAGAAAGAGAUGGAAGAGGCCAAGGAACAAAGAGAUAUUCAAAUGGCUGCUAGAGAAAAGGAGCAGGAAGAACGUGCAGCACAGAGACGCGAGAAAGCUGCCAUGCGUCAAAACAGGCGCAGAGGAAUCUUCGGCACUGGUACUUUCUGA